GAUAGUCCUGCCGUAAAAACGAAUUCGACAGAGAAACAUCCGGCAUCCCUGCUAUCAAUGCAAACAGCGCGAAAGAAAUCAACUGUGGCAAACAAACUUGUAUAGACAGGAAUAUUAUUGUCUCAAGGAAUGCUAUUCUAUCCGUAAUGUUUUGUCUCUACUUUUAAAACUAAUUAUUGUUACGAAAAGUGCCUUGUUUGGAAAUAUUUGUCAUUGGCAGCGAAUGUGUUGAUUUGCCAUUGCUCAAGAAAAGAUUUUAUAUCGAAGAUCGCUAUGGAUUUGCACAUGUACCUGGUCGUUGGUGACGAUCGACACCGGCUUAAGGAGGGGAUAACUUUAAUCGGAUCUGCUGAAAACGAUCGAUACACUGUCAUCCGGCUGCAGCACAAGUCAAUAUGUGCCAAACAUGCCGCCAUCAAGUGUUCAUCGACGUCCCGUGAUGUUUACAUGAUGGAUCUCUGCUCUCACGCCGGCGUUCAGGUGACCGACGAUCGUGUCCACAUGCAGCCUGCACCACCCUUAGAAUGGUUAAAAUUAUAUGGUAACAAAGUGAAGCUAGUAUUUGGUGCUAUCACAUGCCGGCUGGAGAUAUCGAACAGCACUGACAGAAAGUCCUACGCUAGUAUGGAAUCUUUCUUUGAAUCUUCUAUUGAAUCUGUCGAUUGUAGUCUGGAUGAAGCUCCCCAGAUGCGAUCUCGGCUUGUAACAAACAAGCUGUCCAACAAUAAAUCGGAAAAUAUCAGUGAUAGUGUAAACCAGAACACAAAAGCGUCACCUAAAAAACUAAGCAUAUCAAAACCCGAGGAAAAUAGCUUCCUGAUACCUGCUACUCAAAACCAGACUGUGAAUAAUGCAUCAUGCAGUUCGACGCGUAACUCCACUUCGAUAGCAGAUAAAACAAGAACCAGUUUGCAGCAAGCCAGUAUAGACGAAGAGGACGAUCUUUUCUUCAUUCCAGAAACUCAGGAAUGUAACGAGCAACCCGACGAAUCGCAAAUCAUCGAACCGAUAGGAGGUACCAUUGGUCAGGGUGAAAAAGAGGAAGAUUUUCUACGAUUUGAAACGGAAGAUGACGAAAAUACCGGCGAUGGGCUCUUUAAUAAUCCAUACGUCGAGUCACAAAAUCUGCUUAACGAUCUGGACGAAUCGUACCGGAAGAACCUCUGCGAAGAGCGAAAAUCUGUUUUACCCGAUCGUUCCGUUGAUUCAAUUUCUUUCCAUGGACGAAUCCCACCCGAAGAAACCGAUGAGGAAUUAAGCAAAAUCGAAUGGAAUGACUCGAGAGCUGCCUCUAAGGGUAAAGUAAGUGUCGAACCAAUUGCAGCGGAGGUGGAUCGAGAAAGCGGCUCCGUCACCCCUGAGCUUGAUUUCGGCAGUCGACCAGGAUCUGCACGAUAUCCGGUGCCAGUCGCACUAACAAAUGAAGAACAACGUGUGGAGUCGGUUACUCCCGAUUUGGAAUUUGAUCGACUCACUCCGCAGCAGCCGGAUCCGGUGCUUGUUAAAAGGCUAUCGCUUCGAAAGGAUGCCUUCGAAGAUAUACUGCAACAGUCUCCGGCUGAUCACGAAGGGCGAUCAGAAUCUGUCACACCUGACCUCGAUAAUUUCCCUGCGAAGGAAAAAGAGGAAACUGACCAUAAUCCCUACCUGGCAGCAACGCAAAUCUUGCCUGCCGAGCAAAAUGAUGUUAUGCUAAAAUCGACAAGCAUCUAUGAAUUGGCCACCCAACUGGACCCGGUGACAUCCAAUGAAGUUCCCCCGACACUCGGCGGGGCCGCUUACGACUUGCUAACGCAAAAGAUACCCGAAGAAGCACCCCCGAAUCUCCCAGCGAUUGGCGAAACCGCUUACGAUUUGCUAACGCAAAAGUUUCCGGAAGAACUGCCUCGGAAUGCCCCAACAUGCGGCGAGGCCGCUUACGACGUGCUAACGCAAAAAAUGCCCAAAGAGGCGCUUCAAUCGGCUCGUUCACUUCGCAAGGCGCUUAUUAAAGUAACCGAUUUGCGCCAGGACAAGGGAAACGUUUCUAUUCGAGCAAACAAGGAAUUCGAGCUAGAUCCGUUCCAGUUGGCCACCCAGCCGCUCAUCGCUGACGAAGCACACGAUGUGUACGAUAUUCAAACUCAAGCUCUCAGAACAGCGUCGAACACUGAGGAUGGUUUCGACCCGGAGACCGAUACAAUUCCACUAGCGCUGGUAAGCUCUCCAUUGCAAGGUAUAAACUUAUCGGCAUCCGACGACCUCUACAAUCUACAAACACAACCACUAGUGACUAAAACCUCAGACAGCAGUUUACCACUUGAUGGAACAUUCCGACCGCCUGUUAACAGUACCUGUCGACAGUCCGUUCUAGGGAAUGCAAUUUUUGAUGAGGAUCAAGAGGCUGAGUCUAAAUCCGAUCAGCUCAAUAUUUCUCCAUCUUCGAACAAAGAAAAUCAGGAAGAAGUAACAAAGCAUCGGUCCGGAAGUAGUUCACACAUGAAGUCGAAUACGAAACGAAGAAUUUCCUCCGAUUUCGGAGCAUCGGAGCGCACCAUAGCUGAAGAGUUCAACCAAUCGGACGAGGAGUAUUGCCUUGCUGCGACGUUACCCGUUGCAGACACUGGUGAUAAGAUUGGUAAAGAUUCAUCAUCAAAAAAGAACAAUAAAUCGAAUGCCAUGAAGAGUAAUACAAGCUUUAAAAUUCCCGAAAAUCGGAAAACGCCUUCCAGUGCCAAGAGCUCAACUGUCAGCAGUAACGAUAGUAAGGAAACGCCACGCUCUAAAGCGAACUCAGAGGGUGAUCCAUUGUCGUUUGAUUUCAAUACCCCGGACCAUCCAUUCUUGAACGUGGUCAAAAAGGACAAAAUCCUCGCCGUUUCUGAUAUGAUAAAAAAUCGCACGUCUGAUACUGCGAAAGCAAGCAAGUACAAAUACAUUUUUGGGGAUAGUUCGGAUGAAGACCAAGAACCAAACAAACCAGUGUUCCUUAAAAAAGACAGCAAAGUCCAGGUAAUGAAGUACGACAAGGAGGAACGGAAAAACACUAAAUCAGUUUUUAGUGAGGAGUCGAAAAAACUGCCAGAGAGGCACUCAACGCGAGAUAGAAAGAAAACCCGACGAUACUCGGACGAUGAUAGUCGAAGUGUUGCUUCAACUAGAUCCAGCACAAGAUCUGGUCGAAGUACAGCGUCUAGUACUUCAAAAAUGAAAGUCGACGAAUCUGUCGAUUAUCAACAAGCUAAAGCUAACCAAGCUAAAACCAGAAAGAGAAAAGCAGCCGAAAUACCUGCCCUUCCGACAGAUGACGUGCCAAAUGAACCACCAAAGUACAGUAAAACCAAUGAGAAAACCGUCGAGGAUGUAGAACCGAAGGCUGGCCCUUCGAAACUGACAGAACCAGUAGUCACCAAAAGAUCCAACCGUUUGAAGCGUACCGCUAAGGAAGAUGGGAACGAUGAUUCUUCGUCUAAGCCUGCAGUCAAUCGAACUGUUCCAGAGGUAGAACAACGCACCUCCCGUACAAAAUCUAAGCGACCGACAGCCGCAAAGUCCGCGAUGGAUAAGCUGCCCUCCACUGACGAAGCAAGUAGUGCGUCGGAAGCUAUGAACACGAGCAUUUCCGGCUCGGAAUCACCAUCUGGUACCCGUAAAUCAUCACGCGUUGACAAGCCACGGCUGAUGUUCACCAAGAUGAGCCCGGAACCCUACAAAGGGGUGAUCACACGAGCCGUGUUUCGAAAGAUGCAACGGAAAUAGGAUAUAUAGCUCGAUUAGUCUAAAAGUUAAUCGGUUCAAAUGGAUAUGAAUAUCGGAUCAAUUGGUAGUAGUUUAGAGCUGUAGUUCAUUUUUGCUGGUCAUGAGAGUAUCUUUGAAUCUUUUUUUCUAGAUUUUCGUUUGUAACACUAUACUGCUUCCGUUGUUUUCGUUGUAGAAUGCGGUCACACUAUUAUUGCGUAGCUUGCGUAGAGUAUGAGUAAUAUUUUGCUGUAUUUUUUAUAUCAUGGCUUACUUUUCUAACAUGCUUCUGCGGCCCGAUUAUCUGCAUUACUGAGAGCGUAGAGCCAAAACAGCAAGUGUUUACAAAUGAGACACUCACGUCGUUUUGGUUCAAAAUGACUGGUUGUGAUUGCUUUGUCACCUCUGUAAUAUAAAGUUUCUGCAAUCCAUAUCCUAUAACAUCAUGAGAGUUAUACUUAUUAGAAUCUCAGAAUCCACAUUUAGCUUGAGGCUGCGGGUAUUUGAAAUUUCUGAAAACAAUUAGUGUUUUCUCGGUACCUAUUUGAAUUUCGGUCAUUCGUUAUGUUGUAUGCUCGAUUCUCAGUUGUGAAGCAUUGUUGGAAUCCGUAGAAUCAUUAAACUGUAUAAUUUUGACAUAUACAGAACAAAGGAUGGCGACUUUACAGCAUUCAAGUAGAAAAAAAUGUUUAAAAUUGUCAAGGUAAGAAAGAUAAUGAAAUCUUCUAUCGGACCAGAACAGGACUGGUACAUACAAUCAAAAAGUUUAAAAGGAAUGGGAUGUUAUCAAUCGAAACAGGUAAGUGGAACUUUAUUACUACACACAGUGUAUUAUGGCUAUCUGCAUGCAAACGCUUGACCUAAAAAAAACAGAUAUUCAUAUCCAUUUUUCUUCAAUCGUUUUGUGCUUGACAAGAACAGCAUCCUCAGUGCCUGACUAAGGUACUACCCAAAAAUUGAAAUUCUUGUAACUGUUGUAAUUUUGAUAUGUCUGAACUGGUCACUCUAAACAGUUUCUCAGGAGGCUUCUAUUGUCUAUAUUCCUUGCAUUAAAGUUCAACGAUUCAAUCAACGAAUUAAUUGAUAUCUCUACAUCGCCCUAGUCGUUCUUUUUCUUCGUUAUUCAGGCGAUUUGAUGAUUUAUCUCUGGAAUUGUAUUUUCGAAACAGUUCGUUGAAGUUAUAUCUAUUGAAAUAAUUUAGUGCGUUUUAUUCUCGUGUGUGAGAUUCCUGUCAAAUCUAAACAAAAUGAUUCUUUUUCCUGCAAAACCGGAAGAACCCAACAAAAAACCUUAUCGAACUGAUUUUAAAGUAGAGUGAGAACCGUUGACACCAAAAAUAUUGAAAUCGGAUGAUAUUAAAAAAAUUACACGAAUAUCUUUUUGUAAAUACCCAGGUAACCAUCCUGGUCACUACCCGAAAAAACUAUCAAAAGUUGUCUUUAAAAAAAAACUUGAAAAGUUACCCGGCCACAUGACGAUUAAAAAAAAUCAAUCACAUCUAUAUUCGCAACUCACCAUUCCUUAACUCGUUUAUUCGAAGGAGGUUUCAUCGUCGAUAUGCCCGAGCUCGCAACGAUACUAGUUUCCGAUCGUGUCUAUCGCACUUACAAGUUUCUCUGUGCCAUCGCCAAAGGGAUCCCGAUAGUCGACCAUACCUAUCUGGAGCUGGUUGAGAAAAAACGAG